AACCCUGUCGAUAAACCUUUUAUGACGCAUAGCUACGAGAGCCCGCUCGAGAGCGAACAAUCACCUACACCCGAGGUUCCCUCUCAGUCCGCUUCACCAGCAGACGAACCUCCAGAACCAGAUGGCGCUGAAAAAGUCAAAGAGGAGGGAAAUGCCGCCUUCAAGGCUGGCAGAUUUAACGAUGCUGUUGAGGCAUAUACUCGCGCGAUUGGUGUGUGUCUGCUCACAAUGGACCCGACGGAACCAACCUACCUCACCAACAGAGCAGCGGCGUACAUGGCCCUCAAACGCUUCAAGCCUGCUCUCACCGAUUGCCAGCAGGCCGCCAACCUUCAGUCCGCCGUGCCCUCUCCCAAAACGCUCAUUCGCCUCGCCCGCUGCCAACUCUCCACAGGCUCUACAGCACCUGCGCUCUCUACCCUCCGAACCGUGCUCGCCCUCGAUAACAGGAACGCCGCGGCUUUGCAGCUGCAGAAGAAGGUCCUCGAGCUUGAGGCCCACCUGCGCAAUUUCGAGGGCGCUCGCAGCCGCAAGGACUGGGGCAUGGCACGCCUUGCACUCGACAAGUGCGUGCAGGCGAUCGAGACGGAAGGCGGCGACAUCCCGAUUCAGUGGCGGCUCAAUCGUGUGCAACUCGAGGUUGCGCGGGGAAAUUGGGAUGCUGCAGGCAUCGCCGCAAGCGAUGCAUUGCGGUUAGAGCCCAACUCUCCGGACGUCCUCGCGCUGCGAGGCCUGAUCCUCUUCCUCACUGCCAAGACAGCGCAAGCGGCAGCACACGCGGCGUCCGCUCUUCGGCUAGAUCCCGGACACGAAGCCGCACAGCGGUUGCGAAAACGCGUGAAGGACGUCGAGCGCUUGAAAGACGAGGGAAAUACGGCGUUCAAGGCGAGUCGGUUGCAGGAGGCUGCAAACAAAUAUGGCGAGGCUCUCGAGCGAAUUGGCAACGCGGAAGAAGAAGGCAAGGGCGGUCAGAUGCGUGCCCUGCUGCUUUCCAACCGCGCUACCACUCUCGUCAAGGCGAGUCGGCACCAGGACGCUCUUGCGGACACGGAAGAGUCCUUGCAGCUUAAUCCAGGGUCGUUCAAAGCAUUACGCACUCGCGCGCGCAUUCACCUGCAUCUUGAAAAAUACGAUACCGCGAUCGCAGACUUCAAGGCUGCAAUCGAGCAGGCCGAGUUCGAGGGCAACGACGCGGACGUGCGUGCACUACGCGGCGAGCUCAAGAAGGCGGAGGCGGCGCUCAAGCGCAGCAAGUCAAAGGACUACUACAAAAUCCUUGGGGUCUCAAGAGAGUGCACUGAGCACGAGAUCAAGAAGGCGUACCGGAGAGAAAGUUUGAAGCAUCAUCCAGACAAGGGCGGCGACGAGGAGAAGUUCAAACUCGUGGUCGAGGCGCACUCUGUCCUGUCCGACCCAGCGCGAAGAGAACGCUACGACAUGGGCGAGGAUGAGGACGGCAUGGGGUCAGGCAUGGGUGGUAUGGGUGGUAUGGGUGGUAUGGGUGGCAUGAGCCCGAUGGACCUCUCCGAACUCUUCGCGCAAUUCCAUGGGGGUAGCGGGUUCGGUGGCGGCGGAUUCGGUGACGGGAGCCCGUACUCAUCGUUCGGGGGCAGCAGCCGGCGGGGCGGUUUCGCCUUCUAG